AAGCAGCCCGGUGGAAGAUGAACGGGGACUCCGUCAGACCUCCGGGGUGAUGAGGAACGGAGAGGACCGACGACAGAGAGCUUUCUGCCGCAGAGGAAACCCAGAUUAGGCUGAUAUGACUCACAGCAUUACCGGCAUCCCCUGUGGCACAACAAGUCACACAUCCUACGAUUUUCUCUCACCCAUCAGCCCUCCCACCUCGAUCACCCAGCAGGUUGUGAUGAGUAGGGGAUGUAGGGUGGAGCUGAACGCACCGGCAGCCGGCAGGAUCUUGCACUGACUGCAUCUUAAAGGAUCUCUGUCAUCAUCAUCACAUCGGUCCCCGUGUUCAGCAGCUGAGAAAACCCAGAGGACAGUGAUGCACCAGUGACCGGAGGUGGGGGGAAAUCUCCGCAGCUGGUGACUUCCUGCUCCAGGGAACAAUCUCUCCCAUCACUCGGUGUCCCCUCUCCUCCUCCAGAAUGGGAACAAAGUAACCCACUGAUGCGUCCGGCAGCCCCUGAUGCUGGGCAGUGCUCCGGGGCUUUCCGGUCGGUGGGAGAGGCUCGAGCCACGGCCGCGCGCUAGGAUGCUGCGCCAGGUGUUGCACGCGGGCCUGAGGACCUCCUUCCACGCGCUGGGCCGGUUUGUGGCGAGCCACCCGGUGUUCUUUGCCUCAGCACCCGUGCUCCUCUCCAUCCUACUGGGGGCCAGCUUCAGCCGGUACCGUGUGGAAGAGGACGUCGAAAGCCUACUUGUGCCCAAACACAGCUUGGCAAAGAUAGAGGGAAACCUCGUGGAUAGCUUGUUCCCAGUGAACCGCUCCAAGCAUGCGCUCUACUCUGACCUGCAGACCCCGGGACGCUAUGGGCGCGUGAUUGUGACCACCCGAAAGGGGAGCGUGCUGGACCCGGUUCAUAUGGACACCAUACUAAAGCUCCACAGGCAGAUUUACCAGAUGCAGGUCACAGUCCCAGCCACCGGCUUCAACAGCUUCAACUACUCCUUCUCCUACCUCUGUCUUCCUGAUGAAAAGAAUGUCUGCAUCAUUGAUGACAUCAUACGUGCCAUGGAGGAGAUCCAGUCGGCUCGCAUGUUUAAUCGCACCAUCCCAAUCCUGCGCUACCCAAUCACACAAUUGGCGGAUGGGCGGCAGGCGUACAUCGGCCACCAGCUUGGCGGAGUGCAGGGUUGGGGUCCCGGUGGCGCAGUGCGUGGUCCUGGAUCAGGCAGCAGAGGGGAGGGUGUACGUUCAGCCAGGGCGCUGCAGCUCACCUACUACCUCCAAGCACGUGGCAGCCUCAUGGACCGAGUCGCCAGCCAGUGGGAGAAGGCUUUCUGUGCAGAGUUACAGUCAUUUGCAGCCCUGCAUCCAAAACUGGGGCUGUACCCUUCCACGUCCUCUUCCCUAAGGACGGACUUUCAGUUCUCAUCUGUGCUGGCACGACGCCCCCUGAUGGCCAGCUUGGGGGCGUGUGGUGUGCUGGCCAUCUUGUGCUGCUCUAUGAGGGACUGUGUGAGGUCCAAACCCUGGCUGGGACUGCUGGCUUUGCUGUCAAUCACUCUGUCAGGCCUCACUGCUGCUGGGAUACUCAACCUGACUGGGGCCACAUACAACUCUUCCUACCUGGGGAUCCCUUUUGUCAUGCUGGGUCAUGGACUCUUUGGCUCUUUUGAGAUGCUGUCGUCAUGGAGACGUACCCGUGAGGACCAGCAUGUAAAGGAGCGUGUUGCGAGCGUCUUCGAGGACGUCAUGCUGCGCUUCUCCGGCUCCACCAUGCUCCACCUGAUGACCCUCGGCCUCGCCGCCUCACCGCUCACUAACAUGGAGGCCGUCCGGCUCUUCUGCCGCACCGCCGCCCUGUCCGUGACCAUCAGCUACGUUUACAUGUUGUCCUUCUACAGUUCCUGUCUCGUCUUCACCGGGUACCUCGAGACGGGCUACAGACACGGCUGCUUCUGCCGAAGGGUCCCCAAACCGGAUCGCCUGGACUCUAAACCGGCCUGGUACAGAUGUUUGAUGUACACACGUUACCAGGAAGAGACUCACACCCAAAACCCGCCACAUGGGGGCGCUCACGGACACGCUAACACACCAAACCCUAACAUAACGCAUACACAUCCACAUGCACACCCUCACACAGUGAACAACACCGCCGUGCACGCUCACGGCCAUGUGGCGAACUCCACCCACUCACAUCAGCAUACACAAGCAGUUCCAGCUGCUCACACAGACAAUCAUCCUCAGGACUCACACCUUCUGCUGGGGUGUGUGAGGCGUUGCUAUGGAGACUGGAUCACUAACACCUAUGUCAAACCCUUUGUGGUUCUUCUGUAUCUGGUCUACAUCUCAUUUGGACUGAUGGGCUUCUUACAGGUGACCCAGGGUUCUGACCCCAGUGCCCUGGUUGCCAUGGAUACAGCAACAGUAUUGUACUCCCGUGCCCAGCAGCGAUACUUCAGCUCCUACUCCCCUGUCAUUGGAUUUUACAUCUAUGAAAGCGCCCCCUACUGGAACUCCUCCGUGCAGCGGGACUUGCUGGAAUACGCCAAAGGCUUCCAGCGAAUCAGCUGGCUCGAAGCGUACCUGAACUACCUGUCAGACCGCAACCAAUCCACCAGCCAGCCCCGGGAGAAUUUCACCCGCACACUCCGCCACUCCUUCCUACGUGAGCCACAGUUUGCACACUUUGCAGAUGACAUUAUUUUUGCAGAGCGCGGUCAGGGGGAGGAGCCAGAGGUGGCCGCGUCUAGAAUCUUCCUUGUUGCGAAGACGACGGAGAACAAGCGAGAGGAGAUGUCAGUGCUGCUGGACACGCUGAGACGUCUGUCACUAACAUCCCGUGUAAGAUUCAUCAUUUUUAACCCUUCAUUUGUGUACUUGGACCGCUACGCUGCGGCGGUCAGCUCCCCUCUCAGACACUCACUGCUGGCGGUGCUUUUUCUGUUGGGUUUGUCAUCGCUGGCAGUCGUGGAGCCGCUUGUUUCUGUGUGGCUCGGCCUUACCCUGCUCUCUGUGCAGUUUGGAGUUUUAGGUUUCAUGACUCUGUGGGGGGUGGAGCUGGACUGCAUGUCCGUGCUGUGUCUGAUAUCAGCGUUGGGGCACUCGGCGGACUGCAGCGGCCCCCUUCUCUGCGGUUUCGCCUCAGGUCGGGGUGACAGCCGGACUCGCUGGGUGAGAGUGGCGCUAGAAAGACACGGAGUCCCCUCCUUACAGACACUCAUCUGCUACAGCGCCGCCCUAGUGCCUGUCGGCUCCGUACGCUCCAACCUCACUCUGACACUUUUCCGCUGCCUCACCCUCACAGCGGGCUGCUCAGCCCUGCACACGCUCGCCUUCCUGCCCACCCUGCUCACCUUCCUCCCACCUUCAAAGAGCCGGGGCCAUGGGCCGGAGGGGGAGGGGCAGAGACAGGAAGUGGAGUGUGUUGAAAUGAACGACAGCACCCGAGUAGUGGACCAGAUCACCACUGUGUGAGCACAGGAUGAUGAUGGAAGAUGGCUUCUGGGUUUUUAUGGCGACCACCCACUGGGAGUUGUCCCAUUGUAGUCAGAACAAUGAUGCUGCAGAAAAGAUGCUGAUCCAUGUGAAAAAAUGAAGAAGAGAGAGAGUCUCACUGAUAGAAAAUUAGAAGUAGAUGAUCGAGAGGAAACAUUUCCAAACAAGUACAGAAAGAUGUGAGUCUAUUGAUGAAAAAGAGAGUGAAAAUGAGGUUUCCAGUGCAGUGUAUCCAUGGUUACCUGCUUGUUGUAAGUGCUGUGUGGCAUGUGAAUGAGAAAACAGUCGAUCAGAGAUUGAGGGUCCGCUGAGGUCAGGCCUGGAUGUGAUGUUACAACACAGAAAGUGCCACAUUUUUCACAAUACUUGCUUUAGAUCUGAUCACAUCGUUUUGCUACUGCUUUCUGUUCAACAUGGCAAGAUGCACAAAUACAGCUGCAAUGACACGAGGCAAUCAUCUGUACCACUCGAGUAUUUCUACUUUAAU